ACGCGAGACAAGCGCACCUACACGACUGUUUUCAGACCGAGACUGUGAGAAAGAUGCAGGUCCACGCCGUGCCUGAUUCAGAGCGCGCCAUCGAUUCGACGGGGAGGCGGCUGCCGUGGGGAUAUGAUUUCGGAGACCCAGACCAGAACCAACGGCGCGUCCCCGAAGAAAAAGGCCCCUUUGGGAAAGCUCGCAAACGCGGAACGUCGCGCGCAAAGACACCAACGACCAAAACGGCGGAAGACAACGCCAAGCUCGAGAACCUCCGCGUACAAGACGACAUCUUUGGCCGCUUCAAAGCAGAAGAGGACAAGAGGCGCUCAGUCUCGGGAGCAUUGCCCUCCUCCGGCGCGUUGAACCUGAUAGAAGCCGGCACCUCCUUCCCAACCGGCGCAGCGACAAACACAUCCGCGAAAGAGCCCAAGGAAGUCAUACUAUACGGCUUCGGUACCGAUGUACAAUGGGCAGCGAUCGACCAUUACGAAAAGGUGUCAAACGGCUUGAUCUACGAGGAGUACGACCGCGACCCCUUCAACCAAAAGUUCAACUACGCAUUCGCCUCGCAGCGCGCCUCGAACCGCCAAUUCCUCUCCAAAGACGCCCUACUCCGCAUCAACCAAUACAUUGGCGGCAACCACUGGAUAAGAGUAACGUUCGACUCGGCCGAAGCCGCAGAGCGCGCAUGCCAUUACUCGCCAAAGGUGCUGCAGGGCUACACCGUCUUCGCAGAGCCGUAUCGAGGCACGGGGCCCACGGGGGGUGACAGGGAGAUCCGCGCGGCCGUAGGGAGCAUAACAUCAUUGACAACGUCGCCGGGCACCGUAUCUUCCUGGACAACAGGACCAGGCGCAUCGCAGUCCUCCACGACCGUGUCCUCCGCCACAGCCACCGCCUCCAUCCCCGCAUCAUCCAGCCGCCUCUCACAGUCAACAAUCACACGUCCCACCGGCGCCUUCCCCACAGAUCUCGCGGCCCCACAAUCACUACAAUCCCAGGCCCUCGCCUCCACAACAGCCACCGCCACAACCACAGCCCUCUACCCCGCCUCCCGCCGCGCAACCCUCCGCCUCAAAGGCGCAAACGUAAAACCAGCCGUCUUCCUCCCACAGGAAAAAGCCUUCCUCCCCGUCGCCCCGCGCUGGCAGCAGACUCUCGGCGCCCUGCCCAUCAUCGGCUGGCUGGUCGGCUCAGGUCAGGACCAGGUCCCCAGGAAGGAAGACGGGUCCUUUGACGUGCAGAGUGCAAGUCUCUACUGGCGCGCGUGGUAUGCCGUGGACGCGUGUUUUGGGAGUGACUUUUGCGGUGUGAGGGAGGGCGAGUAUGAUGAUUGAUUGAUUGAUCGAUCGCGAGUGGGAGAUGGGGCGAGGGGAGACGUAUACGAUAUUUGCAU